AUGGCCGAUUACUCACAGUACGGAGACCCCCCUAAGGAAUGGACAGACUUCCUCGACACUACCGGGCCCCUGCCCCAAACAACCAUUGAGCCAAACCAAACGAUGCAAGAAUUACAACAGAAGACAAAUACACAUCGCGAGGCUUCAGGGUUGUCCGAGAAGAUUCAGUGCGUAGACUACGACAUUCCUACCCGAGACGGUCAAACCAUUCCUGCUCGUGCAUAUCGAGCCAAUGACGCAAAAGACGCGACAGACUCCCACCUUCCUAUAUAUCUAUUCUUCCAUAGAGAUAGGUUCUUAUUUGGUACUCUCUCUUUUGAGGAUGUUGUCUACGCCAGAAUAGUAGUUUCAGUGCCUAUUAUCGCAGUCAAUGUCUGCUAUAGACAUACGCCUCAAUUCAAGCAUUCAACACAAGCGAAUGACGUAUAA